GUUCCGGAAGCAACAAAUCAGCGGUUUGACCCAAAAAACUCUUCACUACAACUGCUUAAACCUCUCUCAGCUCCGGCAAUCGGCGCCGAAACGAUGUCGUUUGUGAGGCUGAGCGCCGGCGACGUCGCUGGAUUCAAAGUCCUAUUCACGCUGAUGAUUCUGUACGGAGUGUCAUCUUACUUCGCUUACUCCGCCAUCCACAUGAAGUUCGUCGCGCCUCUCGCCGCCGACGCACCGCUCGAUCGGUUUUCCGAGGCCAGAGCGAUUGAGCACGUGCGCGUGCUGGCCGAGGAAAUCGGCGGCCGCCAGGUGGGAACUCCAGGCCUGCAACAGGCAGCAGAGUAUAUUAAGAAGCAGUUAGAACUGUUAAAAGAACGAGCUGGCUCAAAUAUUAGGAUAGAGAUAGAAGAAACAGUUGUUAAUGGGUCCUUCAAUAUGAUGUUUCUAGGAAAUAGUUUAUCACUAACUUACAGAAAUCAUACAAAUAUUGCAAUGAGGAUUUCAUCAGUUGAUUCUCAGGAAAGUGAUCCGUCAGUUUUAUUGAACGGUCAUUUUGAUACUCCGCCUGGUUCUCCUGGAGCUGGAGACUGUGGCUCAUGUGUAGCAUCACUGCUUGAAUUAGCAAGGCUGGGUAUUGAUUCUGGAUGGACACCUCCUCGACCAAUAAUAUUCUUAUUCAAUGGCGCUGAAGAAUUAUUUAUGCUGGGUUCACAUGGGUUCAUGACAACACAUAGAUGGCGUGAUACAAUUGGAGCCUUUAUCGACAUUGAGGCGUCUGGGACAGGAGGCUUUGAUUUAGUAUGCCAGUCUGGACCGGGAUCUUGGCCUUCAUCUGUUUAUGCUCAGUCAGCUAUAUAUCCCAUGGCAAAUAGUGCAGCUCAGGAUGUUUUUGGUGCUGUUCCUGGUGACACAGACUACAGAAUGUUCGCCACUGAUUACGGUGACAUUCCUGGCUUGGAUAUUAUCUUCUUGCUUGGGGGUUAUUAUUACCACACCUCAUAUGAUACAGUGGAUAGACUAUUACCAGGAAGCAUGCAAGCACGUGGGGACAAUCUGUUUAGUUUAAUGAAAGCUUUCGCCAAUUCUUCUAACUUAUUAACUGCCCAAGAAAGAAAGUCCUUGAGAGAUUCUACCAGCCAACCCAAGGGUGGAAGACCUAUUUAUUUUGAUUACUUUGCACGCUUCUUGGUCCUCUACUCAAGAAGGCAAGCGCUGGUAUACCACACUAUUCCGUUUGCUAUAUUCUUGCUUAUGCCCCUGUUAUUGCGCUUGCCAACUGGGAGUUUAUACACUUCUUUUAAUUCCUACUGUGACUUUCUAAAAGGAUUAUUAUGCCAUGCCUGUGGGAUCACAUUCGCCAUACUUCUCCCCAUCUCUUUAUCUAUCCUGCGGUUACUAUUUUCUGGACAUUCCAUGAACUGGUUUGCUAAUCCAGUUUUGGCAUUUCUAAUGUUUGUACCAUGCUCAAUUGUCGGUCUUUUGGCUCCCACAAUUAUUUGGAGAGAAAUUCCUCUCUCUCAAGAUGUUAUGACUCUUGCAUUAUCAAGGGAGGAAUUGGCUGAUGAAGCAAGGUUUUGGGGAGCAUUUGGAUUCUAUAACCUAUUGACUUUGGCAAGCCUUGCAUCAGGGUUGAGUGGGGGUUUUAUCACUUUCUUUUUAUCAGUUUCUAUGCUUCCAUCUUGGAUCUUUUAUCGCCUAUCAAUCAAGACAUUUGGUCAUCAAUCUCUCAGGUCAGCAGCAUCAUAUGUGAUCCCUUUGGUACCUUGCAUAAUGUAUUCCGUAUACUUUGGUGGAUUUCUUGCUGUAUUUGUCAUCGAAAAAAUGGGCAUGACAGGCUCUCAUCCACCUCCUUAUGGAUAUUUUGUUCCUGAUGCAAUAGUUGCGGCUGUAGUUGGAUUAGUAACAGGUUGGUGUCUUGGCCCUUGUAUACCUGUUGUGGGGAAAUGGUUGGCAAAACCACGAAUCAUCCAAGUUUUGCUGCAUGGAAGUGUUAUUGCGAUGGCUUUAUCAUCACAAUUCUUUCCAUAUAGCAAUGAUGCACCAAAAAGGGUUGUUUUUCAGCAUACAGUUCAGACAAUAGAUGCAGAUCAAGUAUUGGAAGUUAGUUUUGAUUUCGCCGUAGUUGACUCCAAUUCCCUGAUGUUUGUUUUCCAUCAUGCUCCUGACGUGGUAAAGGAACUGUAUGGGGACAAAGAAUUAAGUUUUGACACAGUCCCUGAAUCAAAUACUCAGAGAUGGACGGGAAUUUUACCCAUUAAUGCUUUGUUCUCGAGAAGCCUGAAGUUUCCCACAACGACUGCAGAAAUAAUGAAAGAAUACUCAAACUUUCCACUCUUGACUUCUCAAAUAUCCCCUAGCAUCUCCACCAAGGGAUCUCGAAGAGUCAACUUGGAGUUUUCGUUAGGUUCCUUGAAGGAGGUGUGGGUUGCAGUGCUCAACAUUACAGGACCCUUGUCAAAUUGGUCAUUUGCAGAUAAUAUUGUUCCAGCUCCCCUUAGAAUUGGCAAUGGGCCACCAUCAUAUGCUUGCAGACUGAGCGGCACAGGCCAUGAGAACUGGACAUUUUGGUUGGAGGCCAACACGUCAGAACCUUUGAGGAUCGAUGUCGCUGUGUUGGACCUGCAUUUAACCGAGCAAACCAAGAAAUUGAAAGGCCUUUUUCCAAGUUGGAUGGAUGUGACUGCCUUCACAAGCUUCUUGUCUUCCUAUACCUUCUAACUCGGUUCUUCUUCAGCUAAUUUCUCACACCGCACACAAAAUAACUACUCUGUGUAUAUCAAUUACUUGGGUAGUCUCUCUUUUACGUACUCUUACAAGUACUAUUUUUCUAGUGGUCGUAAUUGAUUGUUUGAAUAAAACAUUUUUUUUGGUUCA